CACCGUGAUUUUAAUGCGCUGGUGAUAUCUAUUGUUGUGGUACGACUCGGACUCAUUCUAAAAAUCGUAAAUAAUGGCAUUAGAAAGUAUUCCAAAAGAGUUGAGGAAUUUGAGAGCAUGCCUACUAUGUUCUAUGAUAAAGACAAUAGAUCAAUUCGAGAUGGAUGGCUGUGACAACUGUGACCAAUUCCUCGGAUUGAAAAGCAAGAGAGAUAUGGUGUACGAUUGCACCAGUGCAAACUUUGAUGGGAUGGUAGCAAUGAUGAAUCCAGAAGACAGUUGGGUGGCAAAGUGGCAACGCAUAAACAACCUUGCUCGAGGGAUGUAUGCAAUAUCUGUUUCGGGAAGGCUUCCACCUGGAAUUGUUAGAGAAUUGAAGAGUAGAGGCAUCACGUACAAAACUCGUGAUACAAGCCAAUCUCAGUAGUGACAGCUACUUGUGUCCAUGUAAAUUAAUGUGUUUUGUUACUAAGCUCUCACCACUGCUGUGCAAAAGUACAAAAGUUUACCGAACACACACGCACACACAUACACAUUAAGACACACAAUAGAAACAUAUUUUAAUUAGGUAUGGUGUUUCAUAUACAUUUACAGAUCAUCUGGUCUAAAAUCUUUAACACUUCUCACGCUUUCGGCAAAUAUAUUCUAAAAUGUAAACAUGUAUAAUUAUGAUAGUGGUACUGUACUUUGUUGUCGUUGUUGUAAAAUCCAAAUAGCAUUGUGAAUAUAUUGCAUUAUAUGAUAAGUGUAUGAGAAUUUGUAUGCGGAAGGUUGAAAAUUCUGCUGUAUAAUGAGUGGCUAAUCAUGCUACAGUCUUUUUGAUGCAUAAUUAAACUCGUAUUGCGUUGUCCAUCUUAAAAGAAUAGUAGCCAAACA